GCUGGCCCUUAGGCCCAUUGUGUACUUCUAACCUUCAAACAAUUAUUAUUACAAUAAUAACUGAAGUAAAAUUAAACAAUUUUUGCAACGAUAAUUCGUUGAUAAUAAUGUAAUUUUACAAUUUGAACUGCAAUAUUUAUAACCCUUUUUUAUAGUAAUUUUUUUAUUCUAAAAGAUUAAAAAAAUGGCAUUAGUUAGUCGAAUUUUUAUUCGUGAUUUAAAAAAUAGAUCACAAUUUUUUUUAAGAAUAAAAACACAUUCUAGUUUCUCAACAGUAGCUGAGAUUCCUUCUAUCAAAUCGUCAGAUUAUAAAAAACGUGAAGAAAAUGAAACAAAUAAUAAUACAUCAUUAAAAUCACAUCCUCCGGAAUAUCGGUUUAUUUAUCCAGAAUUUUUACCAAAUCCAACACCAUCUCAUAGAAAUGCAAUUAAAGAAAAAAUGGAACGCAAAGAUAUGUUAGCAAGAAGGACAAUAUUGGAUAUUCCUGAAUUUUAUGUAGGUUCUAUAUUGGCAGUAACGCAUUCUGACAUUCAUGCACCAGGAAAGUCCAAUAGAUUUGUUGGAAUUUGUAUUUAUAGACAAGGAAGUGGUUUGAGAGCUUCAUUUAUGCUUAGAAAUGUUGUAGAUGGUCAGCCCGUUGAAAUGGAUUAUGAUCUCUAUGAUCCUUGUAUUCAAAAAGUUGAAUGUUUGAGAUUAGAGAAAAGAUUAGACGAUCAGUUACUAUAUCUUCGAGAUUGUGCACUUGAAUACAGCACGUUUCCAUUCGAUAUGGAAGCUGAAUUUACAAUUGGUAGAACGGAAGUUCCAGUAAAUCCUAUUAAAAUUCCACUAUUGCCUCCGCCAUGGAUAACAAAGUAUGAAUUACUAAAUUUACAAGGAAUCAAAGAAGAAUCAAUUGUUCUUAAUAAAAAUCGUACGAGAAAAUUAAAAAAAGCAGCUGCACCUUGGGAAAAGUAUGAUUUAAUGAAGAUGUACCGAAAAACAAUUCCAAAAGAAGAACAAGAUGAAAUAUAUUCGGAACUCUAUUCACAAUUUCAUCAUUUAGAAGUCUCACGUCAGAAACAAAAACGUUCACGUAUUUUUACACGACCAAAGAAAACUGGCUAAAAACAUUUUACUUCAAAUAUUUUGUAUAUAUAUAUAUUACAGAAAUACAUUAAUUUCAGAAUUAAAAA